AUAAUAAAAAAAACAAUGCAUUGUUUUUAUUUAAUUUGCACGGUUGUUGAAAAAAAAUUUAAGUUGUAAUUUUAAGGACGAAACUGAGGUGUAUCUGUGAAUCCAAACAGAUCAUGAAAUUUUCUUUUUGACAUUUCGUGAGUUUCAGUACAAUGUUAUGUUCACACAAGAGGUAUGCGUAAUCCAGAGGCGGCAGUUUGGAGACCUGACAUAACGGUCCUGUCGAUUUGUAAGUAGUUGUGUCAACAGGUGUGUGGUUAGUGAAAUGACAUCGCCGCCGUAACUAUGCCAGGGCACGCGGUGGUGGUGUGGGAGUGGGAGAACAGACAGGGGCGGUGGCGGCCCUACAGCCCCGAGGUCUCGCAGCUUCUGGAGCGCGCCCACUGCAAGAAGCUGACCCGCGUCAUACUCAGCGACGCGGAUCCUCUGCUCGACCGCUACUACAUUAACCUCAGAACGAGAACCCAGUGCUCAGAAGAUGCUGGAGUGCCACACAACGUGCGUCGCAAGUGCUACCUGCCCGACUCCCCCGCGGGGAAGGGCUCCAAGUGGGAGUGGGUGGGGGACGGUCCCGGGGAGUGGCACACCUACGACAUGGAGAUACAGUGCCUCAUCGAGGACGCUUGGGCUCGGGGUGACCAGACCAUAGACGUCAGCAAGACCUUCCCGUCGUUCCCGUACAUCAUCAACUUCUGCAACCUGACCCAGGUGCGCACCAACACGGGGUACGUGAGGUCGGUGCGACGCGUGCAGCAGGCUCCUUAUCCGUGGGUCAAGGUGGGCCCGGACGACCUCGGCUCAGUGGUGGGCCGCAGAGCAGUUCCGUCAUCGAACAAGGUAGGGUCGCAGAACCAGAAGCCUGAGUCGAGUGUUUCCAAGAAGUCUGCUGCGGCAUCUUCAAGUUCAGCAACGGCCACCAAGAAAACACCAAAGAAGAAGACCUCGUCUGAAGGCCACGGGAAUAUUGCUCGCACCAUCCUUAGCAAUCUUAACAUAUUUAGCAGCAAGCCGAGCCACGCGGCCAGCAGUCCUCCCACCACCAUCCUCACCACCACCGUCACCAAGACCACCACCACGAAGGUGGUGCAGGGUGGCUCCGGGAGCGACUCCGUCCUGGACGCGGACUCGAGCAGCACCAAGAGCGGGCGUCGUCCCAGCGUCGACACCGUCUCCACCUACCUCAGCCACGAGUCCAAGGACAGCGAGCAUCGCACCUCCCAGGGGGACCUGCUGGACUGCAGCCACAGCAGCGAGGACGUGUCGGAGGGGGGCCGGCCCCCGGGCGCCGGCUCCAUCGUGGGCGUGGACGAGGCCAGCGACGGCAUCUCCCGGUUCGUGCGGGCGGUGGAGCCGGGCCGCUGGGCCCGCGCCAACUGCCCCGUGUGCCUGUGCGACCUGGCGGGGGCGGAGAUCGUGGUGGCGCUGGCCCGCUGCCUGCACCAGCUGCACCUGGACUGCCUCAACCUGCUGCUCACCAGCCUGCCGCCCGGCAACAAGUUAUACAUCCAGUGUCCGAUAUGCAAGACUAUUUACGGGGAGAAAACGGGCAACCAGCCUAAAGAAGGCACAAUGAAGUGGACCGUAUUGAACUACUCGUUGCCAGGCUAUCAUGGUGCUCGAACACUUCAGAUAACGUACAACUUCGCGUCGGGGAUCCAGGGCCCGGAGCACCCCAGCCCGGGCCGGCCCUACUACGCGGUGGGCUUCCCGCGGACGUGCUACCUGCCCGACACGGAGAAGGGGCGGCGCGUGCUGAAGCUGCUGGGAGUGGCGUUCCAGCGCCGCCUGGUAUUCACGGUGGGGCGGAGCGUGACGACGGGGCGCGAGGACGUGGUCACGUGGAACGAGAUCCACCACAAGACGGAGCCCGGGACCAGCCACGGGGGCCACGGCUACCCCGACCCGGGCUACCUGGACAACUGCCUGGCCGAGCUGGCGGCCCACGGGGUGACGGAGGGCGACCUGGGCGGGGUCUACCAGGAGCUGUGCUAGCGGGUUUCAAGUUUGAAGUGGAACGUACAAAUUAUCUUGCCAUUAUGUGCCAAUAUCAAGUAUAUCUAGUGUGUGUUUAUGUUUAAAAAUUUUUAUUUAUAUAUCUAUAGUGUGUACUUGAUGAAGAUGAUUAGUUAGCUCAUUAAAUUAUAGCCUUUAAUAUACAUA